UCUCGCUCCGCCUCCUCGAUCGAGUCCAGUCCAACUGCCCCGCCCGCCCGCCACCCGCGCCGCCCAGCCGCUCCGCUAGGGUUCGCCCGCCCUCCCGUGGCUGUCCGCGGCGGCGGCGGCCCGUGCUCCGUCCGGAAGCAAUGUCUACACCAACCGGGAAUUUCGUACGUCCUUUUCAUCCGGAUGUGAUUGGGAAUGCGUUUGCUCAACAAUACUACAGAGUUUUGAGUUCGUCACCAGAGCAUGUCCAUAAGUUCUAUCAUGAUGAAAGUAUCCUUGGUCGACCAGAUUCUGAUGGUCCAUUGACAUCUAUAACCACUACAUACGCUAUCAAUCAACACUUCUUAUCUACAGAUAUGAAGGGCUGUUUGAUACAGUUGGAUAAUGUAGAUACUCAGCCAUCCCACGGUGGUGGUGUGCUCAUUUUGGUUAUUGGAUCUCUUACCAUGCUUGAUACUGUGAAGCAUAGAUUUGUUCAGUCAUUCUUCCUUGCUCCACAAGAAAAUGGAGGCUAUUUUGUUUUGAAUGAUGUGCUUCGAGCUGUGCCGGAGAUGCCAUUGGCUGAGACAAAUGAAGCUUUAGUUGACCAUGUUGAUGGAAACACUCAGAUUGCUCCAUUUCCAGCUGAACCAGAAACAUCUGUCAACGAGAGCAUGGACCCAGAGCUUCCAUCUGCAGGGAAUAUUUCCACCAAUGGUGAAGUCAUAAAUCCAUCUGCAGAGACGAUUCCUGUGGAUGCUGAAGUCAUAAAUCCAUCGGCAGAGAAUAUUUCCAUCAGUGAUGAAGUCGUGGAGCCAUCUGUAGAGAGUAUUUCUAGCAAGGAGAAAGUCAUAAAUUCAUUUGGAAAUGAAAAUUCUCAAAUUAAGAAUGAUGCUAUUAAGAUACCUGAGGUAGCACCUACUCCUGCUUCAGCUCAGAAGGAUGUUAUUAAGAAGACUUAUGCAUCGAUUGUUAAGGCCACAAAUGAGAGUAUACCGCCAGCACCCAUUACCAAACCCAAACCCAAACCCAAACCUAGACCAAAUCCAACAGUAAAGAGAGCUGAAAAUGUGGAGAAAUCUUCGUCUGUUCCUGCAAAAACUACGCAUGCAGCAGUUACUGUGCCUCCAAAUGACCAAAAUAUUUCUGAUGACCAAGGGUAUUCAAUCUUUGUGAAGAACUUGCCUUGGAAUGCAACUAUUGAAAUGGUUGAGGCUGAGUUCAGUAAGUUUGGUUCAAUCAAGCCUCGUGGUAUACAAGUUGUACACCGUCAGAUUGAUCGGUUCUGCUUUGGCUUUGUUGAAUUUGAGUCUGAAAAAUCAAUGAAUGCAGCAAUCGAGGCAUUUAAAGUUCGUUUUGGCUCGUAUGUGUCUUACGUCGAGGAGAAACGAACUCCAAAACGAGUUGUUAAUGGAGUCACCCAUAGUGAGUACAAUGGCAAUGCUCGGGGCAGUCGGGUCCUGCCAGACAGAGGUGGUUACCAUUGCGACAACUUCAGGGGACAGGGAGCAGGCUUUGUGAACAAUGGCAACUACCGUGAUGGCGACAACUUCAGGGGUCAGGGGCCGAGCUUUGGGAACAACAAUAACUACCGUGAUGGUGAAAACUUCAGAGAGCGGGGAGCGGGCUUUGUUAACAAUGGUAACAACUACCGUGAUGGCAAUAACAUGAGGAAUGAUAACAGAAAUCAGAACGAGUACUCAGGCCAUGGUCGAGGACCGCAGGGGAAUGACUACCGCCAGAAUGACUCCCGUCAGAACAGGAAUGACUACCGUCAGGACGGGAACGGCUACCGCCAGAAUGGAGAUGACUACCGCCAGAACAGGGACGGCUACCGUCAGAUCGGAGAUGGCUUCCGCCAGAACAGGGACGGCUACCGCCAGAACGGAGAUGGCUUCCGCCAGAACAGGGACGGCUACCGCCAGAACGGAGAUGACUACCGCCAGAAUGGGAACGGACACCAUCAGCCACGCCCCGUCCAUAACGGGAACGGGAAUGCGAAUGGGAGGCCUGGCCGCUUCAAUGGUCCCAAGCAAAUAGCCGUUACCGCAUAGUGUGUGCAAUCCAGCAAAGUAGGAAACUAGACUGUUCGCCCAUUGAUACUGUUUCGCACCUCACACUCCUUUAGGAAUCUCUGAAAUCAUCUGCAUUCUCUCGCAUGUUCAACCUGAUGAUACCUCGUAUCGGCUGGUGCCUCUUUUGUGGCUGGUUGCUGCCCGCAUUUUCAAAUGCUCUGACCUGUAAACAUCAUGCGGAGAUUUUAUAUAGAUGUGGUUUGGUAUUUGUGCGAAUUCUAAAUCAUUGACGCCGUUUGGUGUUAGUUUCUGGGGGCUUUA